AACUCUGGCUAAUUCUUUUGUGUGGCUGAUAAUGUAGAAGUAGGGACAUGAUGGCUGAGAAGUUUGGGGACAGUUGUUAGCAGCUCGGCAGCUGUCAGGCAUUGCUGUCUCUGGGGGAUUAUUGUAGAGAGCAGAGAGAAAGAGGGAAGUCAUCCGGUCUGUAUGCAGCCAGCCCUAAGCACAGAGCAGGGGGGCUGCAAGGUGGAUCAGCCUAGGAAGUGGUCAGUCUCUAUGGGGAAGAUGGAGGGAGACCGACCACGGUCAGAAACGGUGACUACCACAGUCAGUUCGCACAUUGAGACCAUCUCCAUGGGAGGCAGCAUUGCUUACGACAGAAGUUUUCUCAGAAGCCCCGCGGGAGUCCUUUUGCUUAUGGAAAUAAUAUUUGGUCUGCUGGUAUGGGCACUUAUUGCAGGCUCUGAAUAUUUCCUUGUCUCUGCAUUUGGUUGGGUGAUGUUUGUAGCUGUGUUUUACUGGGUCCUCUCAGUCUUCUUUUUUCUCCUUUAUCUUACAAGAGCAAAUACAAGGAUCACAAAGGUGCCCUGGACUUUGGUGGGGCUGUGCUUCAAUGCAAGUGCUUUUGUUUCAUAUCUCAUCGCUGCUGUAGUAGAAGCCAGUUCAGUUAACAAAGAUGUUCACCAGCACCACAACUACAACAGUUGGACAGCGUCUUCUUUUUUUGCUUUCGUAGUUACCGUCUGCUAUGCAUUAAGUACAUAUUUUAGCUUUCACUCUUGGAGAACAAAGAGUUAAUGUGGCAUCGACAAACAUGGCCUACCUAUUCUGUCUGGUGCAAACUGCACUUUAGAAUCAUUUCACCUGUGGAGAAUGUAGCGGUUUACAUCAUGUAUAUAUUAUCCUUCUGCUUCCAUAUACCUGUUCUGAUUGGAGGAAUGUGUAUUUUUGCUUCAGUCUAAAUCUAUAUAGUGUCACAAAGGACUGUGGAGAAAACGCCAUC